GAGGGCAAAUCUGCAUAUUCAUGAGGAGGGCGGGACUGGGCGCGGGAGUAUAUAAGCCGCCGCCCCGCCAGCCGCCGCGUUCGUCGCGCUGAGGCUUUGAAGUGCGGUGUGGUUUCUGCAGUUCCGCACACCGGUGACGAUGGCAUCAGACGAGGGCAAGCUGUUCGUUGGAGGGCUGAGCUUUGAUACCAACGAGCAGUCGCUGGAGCAAGUCUUCUCCAAGUACGGGCAGAUCUCCGAAGUGGUGGUGGUGAAAGACAGAGAAACGCAGAGGUCCAGAGGCUUCGGCUUUGUGACAUUUGAAAACAUAGACGAUGCGAAGGAUGCGAUGAUGGCCAUGAAUGGGAAGUCUGUAGAUGGCCGUCAGAUCAGAGUUGAUCAAGCUGGAAAAUCGUCAGAGAACAGAUCCCGAGGCUACAGAGGGGGAUCCACCGGGGGCAGGGGCUUCUUCCGUGGGGGCAGAGGUCGGGGCCGUGGCUUCUCCAGAGGAGGUGGAGACAGAGGCUACGGCGGGAGCAGAUUUGACUCCAGAAGUGGAGGAUAUAACGGCUCCAGAGACUACUAUAAUAGCAGCAGGAGUCAAGGAGGCUAUGGAGACAGGUCUUCAGGAGGGUCCUACAGAGACAGCUACGACAGUUACGGUAAGUCCUGGUUCAAAUGGGAGCCAUGCGUACGUUGCUGUAGGAGCUCUUAAACCUUCUGACCCUGUUCUGAAGUCUGGAAAUGCUCUGAGGCUCAGCUUUGGACUGUGCCCCUUUUCUGUUCUUGCCCGUAAGAACCAAUCUGUCAGGCUUUGGAUGUGGUUGUGCCGUUUAAAAUUUCUAAUUUGUAAUGCAUGUGUAGGAGUUGCUUGGAUCUAAAGGCAAAGCAAGUUUUUAAAUACGUUCUUGGAGCUUGAGACUAAGCCAAAAAACUCGGAAGCCCUAACAAACUGCAUUCAAGGGUGGGGGAGUUCUCUGACACGGUAGAGCAGUAGCUUCUGGAAUAAUGCAAGGGAGUAAAAUGCUGGAACUUGUCUAUGCUUCAGUGCCUUUACAAUUGUGCCUGCUUCUUGUCCUCAGCUACACACAACGAGUAAAAAUCCUUCCUGACUCAAGAUCGUCCUUCCAAUGGCUGUAUUUAUAAAGAUUUUUGGAGCUUCGCUGAAAUGGUUAUUGUGUAGUACAUCUACUUGUAUUUUCACUUUUGUAGUAUUAUCAGUUCUAAUCUUGUCAAACACAGCCUGGCAGCUUCUGAUACGAGAUGGUCUGAUGAGACUUUCCUUUGAGAAAGCUCCGCUUUCGAGUGGUUUUUAAUCUUUUUGGAAAGCACUUCCGAUUUUAUUUUGCGCUUCAUGAUGAGCCGAGGUGUUUUUUCUUUUUUAAAGUCGUGAAGUUGGGGCCCCAAUUCAGUUUCUUUUGAGAUAGAAAGGACCUUUAAUGCAACGUUCACGAGAAGCUGAACAAGCUGUGGACUUUUUCUUUUUUAAGUGCAUUACCUUCGUCUUUUGUAACAUUCCUUUAGUGUAGCAAGGUAGGAAUGCAGCCUGGGUACAAAUUGGAAGGCAAACCACCUUGAUAUAUCUAAAGAGAAACUUGCUUGUAUGUUCAACCUGCAUAACGGUAUUUUUACUGUUGUAAUGAUGUAAAUUACCCAGAAAUAGACUUGCAAACUUACCAUAAAAGAGGUUCUUGAAAAUGUUUAUUUAUAUUGUCCUUUUUUACUGGAAGAAAUAUGCAUAUUCCAUUGAUAUUGUAUUUGAAGUGGUAAAGGAUUCUUGUAUACAGUUUUCUUUGGCUUUACGAAGCCUAUUAAAAGACCGUCUGAAAUGAA